UUGUUAUGGUAUAUAUUGGACGUUUCGUUCCCUUCUCUUCCCAACGACGUGCGCUUGUGACAGUGUAGCGGUGGCAGCGCGUGCACGAUCCCGCAGUUCGCGUCACCAUGGAAGCGCUCAGUUUGCGACCUGGAUACGCCAUUUUGCCUCCCAGUGCUUUUGUGUGUACGGUCGUGCGCUUGUAUAGUGUGUGUGAGUGCUUGUGCGUGCAAAGUGUGUGUGUGCGUGGGCGCCUGUCGGUGAAAAUACCUCUGUAGCUUCCGAACGUUCAACACAACACACGCCAUCUAAACAGGACCAAAAUGUUCACGCUUGGAGAAUCACCACUCCGCUUUUCAACCGGACAUGGGAACGCGGCCGACAUAACGUUGUAAUAGUCUCGACGAACGCUGUCGAAGUAAGAAACGCGAGACACUACAAGUUCCCACCGCCAACCACUCAGAAUGAAUGUCAAAGGGAAGGAAGAGGAAUAUAAUCAUCCUCGCAAGAUUGCCCUUGGUUCUUCUCAUGUUUGACCACAUCCGUCAGAUCACCAAUAAUGAUACGGGGAAUAAUCUCCAAGGAGUUAUACCAGCAACUUCUGGACCCCAAGAAUUACCAGAAUCGCACAAAUGGGGUGGAAGAACUCAAGCGAGUCCUCUCGGACGUGGACUUGAAAUCGGUUCCUUCUGACAGUAUUGAGGAGUUCAUCAAUUUUCUUCCCAGACUUCUGGAUGACAGUAAUUUUAAAGUAUUGUAUGGCACCUUACAAGUUUUGAACAUAUUUAUUGAGAGGUUAGACACUAGUAUUCACAAAUAUAUCAAACAGAUAGCUUUGGUGGCCGUCAAGGCUUUAGGCGACACUCGUACCAUCGCCAGGAAUGAAUACAUAAACAUGUUUCGUCUGAUGAUGAAACGUGUGGCUCCGCAACAAGUUUUGGAUCUUGUAAUUUGUAAUUUAAAACACAAGAAUUCUAGAGUCCGGGAGGACGUUCUUAACAUCAUUAUUGCAGCUAUGCUCACUCAUCCGAGGAAACAGUUCAACAUCCCCAAGCUUUGUUUUGAAGUUGCACCAUCUCUGGCAGACAGCAAAAGGAACGUCCGCCACGCCGCACUUGAGCUGUUUGCUGUUUUUGACUCCUGCCUGGAGACAGGGAAAAAGCAGCCUCUCACCAAAGCUGUGGACAACGUUGAGCUCAAACAAGACGCUGAGGGUCUUAUGGCAGCUGUACAGGCCAGACGUGCAAGACACGUUCUCCCCAAACUUUCACCUGAGGGAGUGGUGGAGUAUGGUUUGUUAGUGCCUAAAUCAGGGCUGCACUGCGCCACGCAGGCCAGUUACUCAGGAGAUGAUCUUGACUGGGUGAUGACUGGAGGACGGAUUAGCAGUGCAAGGAGUCAUCGAACUGAACCAGACUAUGAGCGACCGUAUGGCUAUGGCAGCUUAGGAUCCCUCACUGAUGAGCUUCCCUCCCAAAGGAGAAUUGUCAGCGCAGGUAAAGGGAAGAAUAAACUACCUUGGGAGAUGUUGGACUACUCAUUGGCUGAAAAUAACCAUCAGUGCCACUCCCCAAAUGGAAAGUGCUCCGAGCAGGUGACCAUUGAAGAAGUUAUUCCGCUAUCCAGAAAGUUGAGUCCAGAGACCUACAUAUCCACUUUUAGUUCUGCAGAACCACAGACACCCCAAACAUCCAAGAGGAUCUUUCCAGCUCGGCUCAGAAGAAGCGGAAGCCUCAACUUGGACCCUGACGUCUUCAAAACCACGAACUUCACUGAGUCUGAUAGCGCGUUAUCCAAAGGACACAUGCUCUCAAGGAACGGCAGUGUUGAGCGCACACUUUCUCUCCCGUCCAACCACACCAUACCGGGCUCCUUUCUGCUGCCUUCCUACCCUCUGGCUGCACUCCCAGGAGGCGUGCUUACUCCAACAUUAUCCCAUCGCCACGUCGACACGUCCCUCUCUAUGUCGAAUACCUGGCCCAACAAGCGGGAGAACAGCCCUCACCAGAGAGAGCCCAGUUUUGGAGGGGACGCUGCAGUCAAAGGGGACCUCCCGAGCAGAUGUUCUCCGAGGCCAAUCCGUGCCUCCCUAAAGAGUUCCUCAUCAACAUCGUCGUCAACAUCGUCAUUCCGCCGAGUCCUGAGCAGCAGCAGGACGUCCCUCUCCAUCUCACCAGUCAUUCCUUCCGGAGAGCAAUUUUAUAACAAUGACCCGAGGCCCGGUGCACGCAGCAGCCCCCAGAAUCAGAGACUAGAGAGGGACCUUCAAUUAGAGCCCAUGGGCUCGAACACAACACAUGAUACUGAAGAGGAGGAGCCUCUUGAUGUGCAGGAGAUGUUGAACUCGCUGCGCUCGUUGCGCAACAGCGCUGCUAAGAAGAGGGCCAAAGUGAGCCUAAGCAGUUCAGACACGGACCAGGACAGCCAAGAUUCUGCCAUAAGGUCACCACUCGGUCAAGAGGUGCACACCUCUUCCAUGCUUACCAGCUCAACCAGCGAAAGUGGGCUUUCCAGUUUGAGCCCCACCACCUCCAGUGUCUUUGGAAUCAAAAGUUCCGGAAGCAUGGCCUCCCCGGGAGUGAAACCUCGCAGAGUGCCUUCCGCAAACCUGAGGUCUUCUGUGUCCAUGGACUUUAGCAACCCUCCAGGACUAUCUCAGAAGAAUGACUUGUCAUCUGAGACGGGGGUUGUUGGGCAGAGAGUCACUUACUCCAAUGGAGGGCUCAGAGCCAGUGAAGAAGCAUUAGUACCCUCUCCCCCAUUGGUCAAACCAUUGUUAGGUGAUGUCAAAUCUACAAAAGGACCCCGAAGCAAUGAAAGGAGGAAUUUGCCAGCCACAGACAUGCCCGAGGGAGUCAUUGGUAGAGGCAUUUUUGGUACUGCAGUGUCCUCCCCUCGCUCGGAUUUGGCCUUGUCACUGGAGCAGGGUUAUUCAGUGGCCAAACCCACAGCUGAUCCCAUAGGAGGCUUCCCUGUUAUCUCCGGUGAUCACCGGGGCCGUGACGACUUCUAUUCAGAUGAGAGGUUCAUCCGGGAUAAGAUCCAGCCACAGCAUCUGGAUCAGCUUGAGGGGCAGUCCAGUCAAAGGGACAAGAUCCGGCACCGGGUCAGACAGAUGCUCUCUGACUCACCCAAUGAAAAAAAUAUAAAUAAUAAAGAUCCGUAUAUGAAUGGUAGUGCAAUCACUUCUUGUGUGGAAGACCUCCCCUUGGACGGGUCACCUUUAAGCCUCACCAGUUCGGUCAGUCCACUUGGACCCCAGAGCCCUGUCAAGUGCCUGACUCCACCCCAUCGACCAAGUCCCCCCACAGUGCCUCCCAAUCCCAACAAACUUUCCCGUAUGAGGAGGGCACAUAGCCUCAGCAGAACGCGGCCCUCAUUGUCCCACAGCUCAGAUGAGCUGUCCCUCGUUACUGGGGACCACAAGAAAUAUGUCUCUCCGUCACCAAAACUGCGUCCCUUUUCCAAACCCGACCUGGCGUUGUUGCAGAGCUUCGACCUGCUGAGUUCAACAAAGUGGGAAAAGAAGCUUGAAGGUCUUACAGUUCUACGCACUCUGGCCCGGUACCACCCUGACACACUUCAGGGCAGGCUUCGGGAUGUCUGCCUGUUUCUCAUUGAAGAGGUGAAUAACCUGAGGUCAGUCGUGUCCAGGACUGCCGUGUAUACACUGGGUGACUUCUACAUGCACCUACAGAAGGCAAUGGACCAGGACCUGGAUGAGACUGUUAAAGCCUUGCUGCCCAAGGUGGGGGUGAGCCAAGCUUUUAUGAGGGAUGCGGUUGAUGGUGCAUUAGACAACAUGGUACGGCAUUGCACUCCAACACGAGGCAUUCAUGCGCUACUCUCUGGAGGACUUAGUCAUCUCAAUCCAUUGGUAAGGAAGUGCACUGCCCAACACUUAGCAGAUUUGGUGGAACAGGUCGGAGCCACUCGCCUCCUUUCUGGAAGUAAGGAUCUAACCGAAAGAAUCUUACCUGCAGUCACCAAGCUGUCACAGGACUCCUCACAGGAAGCAAGGUACCAUGGCCGCCGGAUGCUGCUGUCCCUCUCGUGCCACCCAGACUUUGAGAAGAUCCUGGAAAGAACGAUCCCCUCCAAAGACCUCCAACCUAUCAUGGACACCAUCUUCACUCUCAAGACCAAGGGGCUCGGCAAGAUGCCUCAGGACAGCCAGUCAGCCAGGGGCCGACGCUCCCUCCGAGGCAGCGGUACGGUCCGAGCCAUGUCUCUCACCAGAGAGCCACUCUACCACAACGUCAGAAUGUCCAACAGUAAUUACAGCAACAGAUCUCAGACACGGAGUAUAACAGACAAGAAUGAAUACCUCAAGUACAUAACAACCCUGCUGGGCUCGAAGGACUUCCGAGAGAGAAUCAAGGGAAUGGACCAGCUCGUGGCUGACUGCCAGCACAACCGCAACGUUGUCAUCCAUAAUCUAUUCCCGGUUUUUGAUGCGCUCAAAGACAGGCUGCAGGAAGCCAACAGCAAGGUCAACCAGUACGCUCUUGAGUCGCUGCAGAAAAUCAUUCCCUUGAUGAAAGAUAACUUGUCUCAAGUGGUGAACAUUCUCGUCCCGGCCAUUGUGGACAAUCACCUUAACUCUAAAAACAACGGCAUCUACUCUGCUGCUAUUGGAACCAUUGAUGCACUUAUCCUGAACCUUGAUAACAGUCUCCUUCUUCAGCCUUUCUGCACUAAGGCUCAGUUUGCAAGUGGCAAAGCCAAGGUGGAUCUUGUUGAGAAGGUUCAAGAUCUUGUGAGCGAGCUGUACCCUCGCAAGCCCCAAAUGGUGGAGCAGAAAGUGUUGCCCUUACUGUGGCACCUUCUCAGCACAUCAGGCCACAGCGGCACCGUUCACGGACGCGGCGUCAGCGUGCGCGCCGCCACCGCUAACCUGUGCCAUGCUCUUCACACCCUAAUGGGGCCCAGCCUGAACGAAUGCGCCGCAUCCCAGUCGGCCAACGUCCACAAAGGUUUAAACGAGUAUCUGAGGCAAGCAUCCAAAAGAUAAAAAGCAAAGCGGUCGGAGGAGAACAUACAGACACAACACUGACCUUACUUGAAGACAGAGAUGUUCAACAUUUCUUAGUGCCUGCACUUUUAUCCCAAUGAAAAGAAAAGUCUUUGAAGAUGAGGAACUUUGACUCUUUUCUCAGUGAUAUUUCUUCCUCUGGUACAGAAGCCAGGACAUUUGCAACAUCCUGACACCAGGUCCUGCUCCCACACAGCAUUGCUCUCUUUGCACAUUGACAAGGUAGCUCAUUAUGAUGAACACGAGAUUCACACGAAUCAGUCACCGCUUUACUUCAUCCGGUCAACGCGACAAAUUAGAGCCAUUUGGAGAAUGUAAAGUUUAAAUGCACAAAAAAGGACAGACAGGGAUUGGAAAGUUGUAUCAUGUUUUUGCGGUGUCCGAAAAUAUUUUUUACGUGGCUGUUUUUUGUUGAGUCAUCCAAUGAGAUUUACAUAUAGUACAAAAUACACAGCACGUAUGUAUGUAUUUGCACAGUAUUAGCUUCCGCUGUAGUCAUUAGGUGUAUGAUGUUCAUUUAGCAAUUUUAUCUAUUGUAUAACUCUUAAAUCUUGUUGAUGUGCUGCAGACCCGUGCGUUUGUUUGCAUGAUCAUUUCUCUGGAACAAGGCACACUGUAACCGGUUAGCUGUGUAUUGACGCCUACAUCGAGACUAUUGAAAAGGAGUUUUGGGUAUGACUGUUGUUGCCUGAGAAACAAGGUACGGAUGGAGGAUUCACAGUAAUGCCAGUCUUCAAGUAGCCUUUUAACGUCUUCUAUUAAAUUAUAUUCAACUUGUUUGCAAAUGACAAGGACAAAUUGAUAUAUAAAUACAAAUAUAUAAAGUGUUUUAUUUCUGUAAAUUGAA